AUGGACAAGUCGAAACACAAGGUGAUAAUUGCAGGAGGAGGCAUAGCCGGCCUUACCCUCGCCAAUAUGUUGGAAAAGGCCGACAUAGACUAUGUUUUGCUCGAAUCAUACAAAAAAAUUGCACCGCAGGUCGGCGCAAGCAUCGGUCUUCAAUCGAACGGACUUCGAAUUCUUGAUCAACUCGGAUGCGCGGAUACGCUAUUAGCAUUGAUUGAUCAUCCUCUGCUCAAUUCAUGGACACGAAAUUCCGACGGCUCCAUUAUUGUACAUCUUCAAGGUGUCCAUAAUAUACUGGAAUCAAGGUUUGGCUAUCCAACUGUCUUUAUUGACAGACAAUCUCUCAUGGAAAUUCUGUACGACAACCUGAAGUCUAAAGACUCAGUACACCCUAGUCAAGCUGUUAAGACUGUCAUGGAACUGGAUGAUGGAGUCCAAGUGACAACCGACAAGGGCAAGGUUUUCAAAGGAGACAUUCUUGUCGGCGCGGACGGUAUUUACAGUACUGUUCGACAAGAAAUGUGGCGCAUAGGCAACGAGGCAUCUCCUGGUUACUUCCCUGACAACGAGUGGUCAAAGGUGCCCUGCUAUUACAAGUGCAUUUUCGGUAUCUCAAAGCCCAUCGAGGAACUUAUCAAAGGAACUCACUACGUUUACAACGACAAGUUCUCAUACCUGGUAAUGGUUGGGCCUGGUGGAAAGUGGUACUGGUUUUUAUUCGCCAGGUUGCCCGCUCCUCUGUACGGCGAUGAUAUUCCCAGAUACACAAAGGAGGAUGAGGCGAAGCUCGCUCAGGAGCAUGCGUCUGAUCAGAUCACUCCCGAAAUUACUUUUGGUGAUCUCUACGAAGCCAGGACCAACUCGACACUGACGCCCCUCCAUGAAUGGGUUUUCCAAAAGUGGCAUUAUAAUCGAAUCAUCACUAUUGGUGAUGCAGCUCACAAGCUCGAGCCGUUGACUGGUCAUGGAGGCAACAGCGCCAUCGAGACCGCUGCGUCUCUUAUAAACCACCUUCUUCCAGGAUAUCCUAACUGGAGCGACUCCAACAUCCAAUCUGCUUUCAGUGCAGUACAAAAUGAGCGCUUCGACAGAGUACAAUGGCUUGUUGAUGAUGCGCACAAGAAUCAAGAAUUGAAUGCUCUGGCAACACCUUUCCUGGCAUUCAUUGCCCCAAAGCUGGCACGUCUAUUAAACAUAGACACUGCUAUGCGCCUCUACGGCCGUAAAUUUGUAGAUGCCACCCAUGUGCACUCUCUUCCCAUACCUGAGAAACCGCACUCGGUGCCGUUCACUGAUCAGCUUCCCGCUAGACCUUUUUCUUCGACUGCCCUCUUAGGUCUUGGUGUGUUGAGUCAAGGUGCUCUCUUCCGACUGGCGAACCAGAUUCUGCAUCCGCUGCAAAUCCCAGCAACGUUCAUGGGCGAGGCUUUAGUGACUAAUUAUACAGGAGUGGCAGCAGUGGAUCAGCUUCUGGCAGCUCUGGGCGCUGCCUUUGCGGUCUUCAUUCAGCCAGAAAACCGGCCAGCAAGAUUGCAAUGGAUUGCCUUCACUCCUCUGUUGUUUUCGACAGCUCUAGACUGGACUUUGGAAAGUUACCGAGCCGGUUCAAGAGGUCUCCCCACCUCGUUUCCAUCCGUCUUUGGUGCCAUGUAUCAGCUCAAGGGGAUUGGGCGAACUGCCCCUUUGUAUCACAUGCUAUCUGUGUGUGAACAGAUUGUAAUGGACAGCAUCUCUAUGGUCACUGGCCGCGCCAUUGAUGUUGAAGUCGUCAAGGCGUCUAUUCCGGGACUGGCACUUGGAUUCGUCGUCCCUACUGCCCUCAUGAUAUGGCCAUGGGAGAACAAGGUCACAUGGCAGCAAAUGGUUGCCUUGUGGCAACCGUUCCCAGUUUACGUUGGAUUGAUCACUGCUGGUGUUUCAACUGUUCUACGUAAGGUGAAGAGCAGCUCAGCCACACAUGCUAGCUCAAACGCAACGAAAGAGAGCGGGAAACUUACAAAGCGAAAAGACCCCAGUCGGUCAUUGCUGAGAUAUAUCUAUGCUGGCGGAGCGGCGACUGCUACUGCAAUUCACCUCUGGUCGCUCUACAAGAUAUGGUCCGACCCGGAACUUAGUGUCUCGGGUGUUUUCGGCACCGUUGCAUACUUGGUCUCUGGGAAGUCGAGCUCUGACCCAAACAUCAGAAUUACUGAGUUCUUACAGCGGGACAUGUUCCUCAAUGGUGUUUCUGUUCUGGUACAUAGUCUCUAUCGCACACUUGAUCUCAGACGUGUGGGAUACAUUACGAAUAAGGAAACUGUGGUUGCGUCUUUAGCAGUGUUGAUUGCGCAGCCAAUUGUUGGGCCGGCUGCAGCUCACAUCGGCUUUCUCGGCUGGAGAGAAGAUAUGUUUUACCGAGUCAACAAGAGCGUUAAAGCUUGA